AUGGAUGUUGAAAAGGAUGUCCUGGAUGUCUACAUAAAGAACCUGGAGAACCAGAUCGGAAACAAACGAUAUUUCUUGAAGCAAGCUCAAGGUGCCAUCGAUGAGAUCACGAAGAGAUCUCUGGAUACAGAGGGUAAACCGGUCAAUUCUGAGGUCUUUACAGAGUUAUUAAGAAAACCCAUGUUCUUCUCAGAGAGAGCUGAUCCUAUUGGUUUCAGUUUGACAUCGAAUUUUUUGUCUUUGAGAGCCCAAAGUUCCAGUGAAUGGCUCUCGCUUAUGAAUGAUCAAUCAGUUGAUCAAAAGGCCAUGUUAUUGUUACAGAAUAAUAUUAAUAGUGACUUGAAAGAGCUGCUACGAAAACUGCAGCAUCAAAUGACCAUUAUGGACAGUAAGAAGCAAGAUCACGCCCAUAUUAGAACACGAAAAGCCAGAAAUAAAGAGCUUUGGGACUCACUGGCGGACUUUCUCAAGGGUUAUCUAGUACCGAAUUUGGAUGAUAAUGAUGAAUCAAUAGAUAGCUUAACGAACGAAGUCAUGCUGUUAAUGAAAAGACUAAUUGAGCAUGAUUUGAAUCUGACAUUAAACGAUUUUUCAUCUAAAACGAUACCAAUAUACAGAUUAUUACUUAGGGCUAAUAUAAUAACAGUAAUUGAGGGCUCUACAAAUCCAGGGACUAAAUACAUCAAACUAAUAGAUUUCAAUGAGACCAGUCUAACUUAA